CAUCUCCCUGUUACGUCAGGUCUCGCGAAACGCGAAAUGUCAAAAUAUUGAAUACGGUCCAUAUUUAAACUAGUGUUGUUGUAAAUAAUAGUGAUACGCCGCUACCAAAUUUAAAACUAAAACUAUGAGGAUUCACAAUGUUCCCUGUUCUAUGAAGAUCGCAGCCAGGAUGAUACCGCGCCGCAAACACAACGCGUCCUCCGGCUCGCUGCCAGCGCCCGACGACAAGCACGCCAGCAACGACUACAUCUUGGCAGACGGCGCGGCGCGCGAAGGCUGGCGCGCGGCGCUGCGGCGGCGAUGCAACCGCAAGACGCUACACAAGCGGUUGCCCAUCAUCGCCUGGCUGCCGCAGUACUCCGCCGCGCAAGCGCUGGGCGACCUCAUCGCCGGCGUCACCGUGGGGCUCACCGUCAUCCCCCAGUCGCUGGCCUACGCCAACAUCGCGGGGUUGCCGCCCCAGUACGGACUCUACGGCUCGUUUCUUGGCUGCUUCGUGUAUAUCGUCCUGGGCGGAUGCCGCGCCGUGCCCGCGGGGCCCACGGCCAUCGCGUCGCUGCUAACGUGGCAGGUGGCGGGAGGUGUAUUACCCAAGGCCGUGCUGCUCAGUCUCCUGGCCGGCCUGGUGCAACUGCUCAUGGGUGCGCUGGGGCUGGGCUUCCUCGUCAACUUCGUCUCCGGCCCCGUGUCCUCCGGUUUCACGUCAGCAGUGGCGCUCAUGAUCGCCACCAGCCAAGUGAAGGACCUGUUCGCGAUCCCCGUGACUGGCACCACUUUCCUGCAGCAAUGGAUCUCAAUCUUCCGCAACAUCCACGGCGCUGCCUUAUGGGACCCCGUGCUGGGAUUCGUGUGUAUAGCGCUGCUGCUGUCCAUGAGGAAAAUCGGCAUGAUCAAGCUGGGUGCCAACGAUCCAGACGGUCCGAGCACGCGGCAGAAGGUUCUAACGAAAGCGAUGUGGUUGUUGGGCACGUGUCGUAAUGCGCUUGUGGUCGUCGCUGGAGGCGCGCUGGGAGCCGCUGUAGCUGCUCAGGGCGAAGCACCCGUCCGACUCAUGGGGCCCAUACCGUCCGGAGUACCAACACCCACGCUACCAGAGUUUUCCUACGUCCGCGCUGAUAACACCACGGCCGAUUUCCUCGAUAUGGUGUCGGAAUUAGGGUCAGGACUGCUGGUUAUUCCGCUGAUAGUGCUCUUGGAAGACAUUGCCAUCUGCAAGGCGUUCUCGGACGGACGGACUAUAGAUGCUACGCAAGAGAUGAUCGCGCUGGGGCUGGCUAAUGUCGCCAACUCCUUCGUGCAGGCGUUUCCUGGUGGCGGCUCGCUCGCGCGUUCUGUGGUCUCCAACGGCUCCGGUGUCAAGACGCCCUUCAAUGGAUUGUAUACAGGGGUGAUGGUGAUCGUGGCGUUGCAGUUCUUCACGCAGUACUUCGAGUACAUCCCGAAGGCGGCGCUCGCGGCCGUCAUCAUCUCCGCCAUCUUGUUCAUGGUGGAGUACGACGUGGUCAAGCCAAUGUGGCGUGCCAAAAAGCUGGACCUCAUCCCCGGCAUCGGCACCUUCGUGUUAUGCCUCACGCUGCCCAUCGAGCUGGGCAUCCUCACCGGGGUGGUGGUCAACAUCGUGUUCAUACUGUACCACGCCGCGCGGCCCAAGUUCUCCGUGGAGCUGCUGCGUACGGAGGCGGGCGUGGAGUACCUCAUGAUCACGCCGGACCGCUGCCUCAUGUUCCCGUCCGUGGACUACGUGCGGCGGCUGGUGACCAAGAGCGCGGCGGGCGGCUCGCUGCCCGUGGUGCUGGAGUGCACGCACAUCUACAGCGCGGACUACACGGCCGCCAAGAGCAUCGAGCAGCUGACCGCCGACUUCCACGCGCGCCAGCAGCCGUUGUACUUCUACAACGUGAAGCCGUCCGUCUGCUCCAUCUUCGAGGCCGUCACCAAGCCGGAGCACUUCGUUGUGUUCUACGAGGACGACGAGUUGGACCGACUCCUGGCGUCCGACCCGAGAUUGGCGCCCGCCAAGCCGCCGCCGUCGCCGCCGCCCCCGCUGCCCCCCGUCUCACCCCCGCACGCCUCCCUCGCCUGACCGCGCGUCGACGCAUAGAGAUACUAGUAUUUUUCUAAGACUAUAUCGAUUUCAGAGAUGACUCCGCGAGUCCUUACGUAUCGUUGUGAUUGUAGAGUAUAAAGUUUAGAGUUUAUCGACAGUCGCCUAAGCGAUCACAGAUUGCGAAAUAUUUUUAUUAUUAGCGGUCGUUAAACUGCGAAUUUAGUGACCGUUCUGAAGGUUACAAAGCUAAGUGUAAGUGUCAUAGAUCGUUUUAUUUAUUAUAGAUAAACCAGUACAAGUUAGAUUGUAAAUAUACGAGUAUGUGAUAGCGCCGCGCGUGCGUGCGAGUGUGUGUGUGCCAGUGCAGAGCGAGAGGGCGCGCGGCGCCGCGAGUGUGUGUGAGCGAGACGAGCGAGCGCCGUAUCCGUUUCUUGUGAUUCACGACUAUAGUACCUAUUCGAUUUACUGUUAGAUUAAUGAAUAAAAAUUAUUUUAAAUAAAACUAUUAAAAAACAAUGACAUAUAAGAUUAUAAAAUUGGAAAUUAUAAAUAUGGUGCGUUUAAAUGAAUGACUAAUGUUUCCCAGUUCCAAGAACAAAAUAAUUACACUCUUUGAGAGUUAACAAGG